UUUGUAAUUUGUCAUCCUUAAGAGUUACUGUUUCCACUAUUUAUUUUGCGGCGUCCAAAUACCGCUGAUGCUCGGGUUCCGCAGAGCGCCCUGGGUAAGAGCCCUGUGACGAAGUGGCGACUUCCUGUUUUGUUCAACAUUUCAAACGUCACGCUGCAGUGCCCCCUGUUGACUCUUCACAAAACUGUGGUGGACAAGAAGGCCAAAGGUUAUGGACAGACCGCGGUGGACAGAUUAAAGCAACAUGACACGUCUUUUUUUAAGACUCGGUAUCCAAGGUGGCGGACCCUGCGGUGCUCAAGGUUACGUGCGGCUCGCGAGGACACACAGCUGUCCGCGAAAAGGUGCGGACCGCAGGCGAGACCGCGGGCCAGCUGUACGUAUGGGCGUGAAUCUGGAUGAGUGAGCCUUGGCAGUUGAUCCCCAGUAUCCUGCUUGAUCUUCUAGAUAAGGGUCACGGGUACGAGUCGAUGUUGCUGGUGCGUCCAGUGCGCAGACGCAGAGGUGUCUGUUUCAGGGGCGCCGGGGUGCGGUUGCCAGGUGUCGUGCGGCGGGACCAGAGCUCACUUUUCAGCCCCUUUCUGCAGCACGGCGAGCAGCUUGUCGAGAAAAGGGCUCCGAACCCGCGCACGCACACACGCACACGCACAGGUCCUCCUUGCAGUCCUUUCAGGACAAAGUCGGCAGACGUGAAGACGGGGAAGUUUUGACUGCGCUGUCGCCGUGAGUCCCGCGGCGGUUGAGCCCCAAGUCCGGCCGUUCCGAGGCUCGUCGCCUGUGGACGCCAUGGCCUUCCCGCGGGCCGGAGCGGCCGCCCUCCUGCUGCUCCUGGGGACCUUGGAGACGUGUCGCUGCCAGACUCCAGAUGACUGCGGCCGCCUGGACACCUGUGACGGCUGCAUCAGUGGGGACCCUUCACUCAACCUGACCGGCUGUGUGUGGAGCCAGUGUGACGAUGGGAAUGUCACAGGCUGCGUGCGCGACGGCGAUGACUCCGAGGGCUGUUCCGUCCUCAACGACACAUCCACAUGUCCAGCGUCCGACACGUCGACGACCAGCAGCGCCGGGACGGACUCCCCCACGGAGCCCGGCCCCGUGUACUCGCAGGCCAAGUUCAACCUGUCCAGCUUCGUCGGGGGCAUCGUCCUCGUGCUGAGCCUGCAGGCCGGAGCCUUUUUCGCCAUGAGGUUCAUCAGGACCAAGGACAGCAGCUACGAGACCAUAGAGCAAACGCAGUAGAGGAAGAUCACAAGGAAGAGUGGAGACCAGAGGGAUCAAAGGGCCGGAGUGGCCUGGAGGGAUCAGAGGGAGGAGUGAACAGCAGGGGUGGGGUGUGUGUGUGUGUGUGUGGGGGGGGGGGGGCAUGGCAAUGACAGUCAUCGGUGUGACAUGAAAUACUGGACGUAUAGAGAGAGAUAAUGUGUCUAAUAAUCUGUUCUUGUUCUGGUCCCAGAGAGAACUGGUGAUGUGAUGGGUCCCGGCCGAUGAGCCCCACACACACACACACACACACACACACACAGGGUUUGGUUGCUUCCUUUCUUUAGCAGUGUGUCUCAUUCAUUGUGUUUUGAAUCUACGCCCACGGAAGGUGUCUCUUAUUGCUGUUUUUGAUUUACUGCGUGUUUGUUUUUCAGUCUCCUGUGUGUUCCUCUCCACACACACACACACACACACACGCACACACUGGUGUUCUUGCUUGUGUUUAUGUUCCUCAAUAAAAAGUGAUCGGACCGGG